CAUCGAAACUGCUCCCCCACGACUUCCCUUCACUUACAUUUCAUCAUUUGACUUCUCUUCCUAAAUAUUCUAGGGGUCCUCAAUCCUCAAAGGCUUCAUUUAUUUCUUCUCUUCUUACCUUCUACACUUCCUCACAUACUUCCCUCAAUACCUAGGCUAUAUCCUGGGUCUUCCAUAGCAGUCUCACAAUCACCGACCACCCAUCCUUUCAUUGAUUAUUGACCAAAGGUUAUAAGAAGGCCGCGUUUGGGCAGAAGUGAAGUCAGAAGCCUCACUUCACUGUCUGCAUUAAUCCGAUCCAUCCAAAAUGUCGAAUCCUCCACCACCUCCUCCUCCCGGUGGCCCCAAUCAGGGUCCUCCUGUCGUUCGUCAACGACGAAUCCAGGGACCAACAUCUGCUUUGACAGACUUUCUUGCUUCUCACAAUAUCGACGCCAACAGGAUUCGAAGGGAUGCCGAAGCGCGUCGAGCUGCAGCGCAGGCCUCCUGGGAUGCUGAGAAUAGUCGGGAGCAGUCGGAGGAAGCAGGGCUCGAAGAAGAAACACCUUUGGAGGAGAAGCCGUUGACCAAAGCCCAGCUAGCGAGGAAUAAAGCUACUCAAAAGGCUGCCGCCAAAGCCAAAGCCUCCAAGACGUUUCAAAAAGCUCAAAGGAAAGGCAUGGACUUUUCCGACUCGGACGAUGUUGACGAAGACCUAUACGGCGCAUCUAGCCUUCCAAAGAUCGGCCAGUUUGAGAACUGCCAGAUCUGUUACAUCCGGUUUUCCGUUACCCCUUACAGCCGCACAGGGCCUGGUGGCGGGCUACUCUGUAUGAAAUGUACUAAGGACUUGGACGAUGAAGAAGGGGGUCCGAGGAAGAAGCGGAAAACUGCUGCCCGUUACAACCGUCGCAACAUCGAAAGCGAACGCCUUGAGGGCACAUCUGCUCGUGGUGCAAGAGACUUGGUAUCGCAAUGUGUGAGUACGCUUGCGAACAACGUCCACCAAGCAGAAGAUUUUGGCGACCUGCCUCCAGUUCUUGUGGAUAAGCUGGCGCAGCUCUUGUCGAAGAGACGCAUGCUGGAUUCCAGAACUCUGGACCUAUUCUUGAAGCCAGGUGUCGCAAAUAUCACUGCGUAUGACGGCGCCAAACUAAAAUCCGACGACUACAUUCGGAUAUUCCAGGUCGCCCCAACCAUAAAACACCUACGCCUGCGAAAUGCAAUCCAGUUUAAGGAGAAGGUCAUGGAUUACUUGACCGCCUCCACGGUGGAAUUGGAGUCCCUGAGUCUACACGGCGCAAACCUAAUCGACGACGAGCACUGGACGAGCUUUCUGAUGGCAAAGGGCACCCAUCUUCGAUCCCUCAAGGUCUACCAUACCGAUGUAUCCUUCGGAGACGAGGCCAUGCGCACCAUCAAAGACCUCUGCCCCAAUCUCACCCGCCUCAAGAUCUGCCACAACCAAAAAGUCACCAGCGCAGGCCUCUACCACAUCGCAGCUCUCAAGAACCUCCAGCACCUCUCCCUCGAACUCUACAAACCUACCAUCACAGAACCCUACGUCGAAAUCAUCACCAGCCUCGGCGCCAACCUCAAAACCCUCUCCCUAGUCGGCAUCCCCGACCUCGACGACACUCUCCUCAACGCAAUCCAUACGCACUGCACCUCCCUCUCCAAACUCCGCCUCAAGCGCAACGAAACCUUCACCGACGCCGCCUUCGCCGCGCUCUUUACUAGCUGGCGCAACCCUGCCCUCCGCAUCGUCGAUCUUGGCGAGUGCCGCCACGUUGACAGUCUCACGCUCGACAACCCCGACCGCAUCGGUCUCUGCUCCGCCGGCUUCGAAGCCCUGAUGGCGCACUCCGGACGUCACCUCGGGUCGCUGAAUAUACUCUCCUGUCGCCAUAUUGAGAGGGCGGCGCUUGAGCGCGCGUUUGGAGAGGGGAAGAUGUAUCCGGAGCUCGAGACGGUGGAUGCGAGUUUCUGUGGGGAUAUGGAUGAUUUCGUGGUUGGGUGUCUGUGGCGCAGCUGUCCGAGGGUGAAGAAUUUGAAGGUGUUUGGGUGCUUUGGGGUUAAGGAUGUUAGGGUGCCCAGGGGGAGGAAUUUGUUGGGGAAUCCCAAUGCGAGAGGGAUGAUGAUUGAGGGCGAGGAGGAUUAGUAGGUGUUUUCAGUCUUGGGGAUGGGGAUGGAGAUGGAUGUGUUAUGAUUAGUGUAAGGUGUUUAUAUGGGAUUAUUGCCUUAAUGGGCGAUAUUGGGUUUGCUUCCUGGUGUGAAUAGCAAGCUGGAUUGAUAGGAAUUAAAGCGAUG